CAGCAUUCGUUAUCAGCUGUGCGUUAUCAAAUGGGUCUACAUCGUACAAUUUAUCAGUUGAUGUCUCAUAUCAGUGACUGUGGUACAGCGAUACGAUAAAACAACGGGCGGGCAUUAUGGCACAGCAAACUUAUUAUGGACCCGGCAGUUAUGGAGAAGAUCAGGUGGAAGCCUUCGAUUUUAGCGAGCAAAGCAUACGAAGAGGUUUUAUUAGAAAGGUAUACGCGAUCCUGAUGUGUCAACUUCUUAUCACUAUGGGAUUCAUCGCAUUGUUUCUCUUCCACAAGCCGACGAGCGAUUUUGUGAGACAAAAUCCAUACCUCUUCUGGAUAGCUUUGGUGGUGCUGAUCGUGUGCCUGAUCUCAAUGGCGUGCUGCACGGAGGUGCGUCGCACGGCGCCCAUGAACUUCAUAUUCCUCACGCUGUUUACACUGGCACAGAGCUUCCUGCUCGGCGUGGUCACCAGCACCUACAGCGUUGAUGCGGUGAUGAUGGCAGUGGGUAUAACAGCAGCGGUGAGUCUGGGGCUCACGCUAUUCGCCUUCCAAACCAAAUGGGACUUCACUAUGAUGGGUGGAGCCCUUGUCGCCGCUUCCAUAGUCCUUUUGGUGUUUGGAAUCCUGGCAUUAAUCAUGAGGAACAACAUCCUAACAAUAGUGUACGCGUCUGCUGGCGCACUGAUCUUCUCCCUCUACCUUGUCUAUGACACUCAGCUGAUGAUGGGCGGCAAACACAAGUACAGCAUCUCACCUGAGGAGUACAUCUUCGCGGCGCUGAACCUGUACUUGGACAUUGUCAACAUUUUCUUGUUUAUAUUGACCAUUAUUGGCGCGACCAAGUGAAGUUUCGUCUUCUUCCGGCAUUUUAGAAAAGGCUCCGAUUCGAUGUUUUUUUUUCUUAAUGUAAACACGUUGAUCUAUCGACAGUUUUUAGGUCUGUUUGUUUUUUUUUUUAUUCGGAAGGGUAUUCUCUCAAAAAGCCCGAUUCUAAAAAGUAGUUAAAGUGGUUAAAAUGUUAUGUAUGAACGAAGUAUUUUGAUUGGUUGAACCCCGAUUACUCCCGUUUGCCUUGGGUUUUGGAUAAAGCCUCUAAUGAGAGCGCUGGUCGAUAAUAUGUUUUUCCAAUACAGUGGAAUCUCUAUAACUCGAAUGAUAAGGGAAAUGCAAAAAAAAUCGACCUAACGAUUUUCGACUUAACGAGGUACGACUUAACUGCUGAAAUUUCGACUUACAGAGGUGCGAUUCCUAAGUGUAUAUUUCGAUUUGUAGAGUCGAAUUUGAAUAAUAAUUCAACUAUAUGUGUGUAAGAAUACACCUACACGUGUACAAGACAAAAAACAAUAGAUUAGAAGCCCCUAACCCGAACAUUCCUUUUGGAUUUUAUUGUUCGAGGAAUCCCAAGUAAGACGUCAUUAUAUUUAACUAACUACGACUUACGGAGUCGCCAUUUUGAAAUUCGAGUUAUAGAGUAUAAAUCAAUACUUCGUAGGGAAAUAAAUACAAAGUCUAAAUAAUUCGA